CAAGUGUCGAUGGUAUUCGCCAAUGAAGGAGGAAAGGCGGAGUCAGGUGGAGUGGAAGCAAGCGAGGACUUGACUUUGGGACAUUUUGAAAGGUGUUUGAAGGAUCUCCUUUAUUUAAAACCACGGGAUGGAGAAGCAGCCCCUACCCGCUGACGAUGACAACACAGGAACCCCAGACUCAGGGACAGCUGUGUUCGCUGGAGAGGAGAUGCAGGAGGUCCCGCCUGAGCCUGCAGCUCGAGCAGGGUGGAACAGCAAGAUAGAGUAUUUUCUGGCUCAGGUGGGGUUCAGUGUCGGGCUUGGCAACGUCUGGAGGUUUCCAUAUCUGUGCCAUCAAAAUGGAGGAGGGUCUUUCCUCCUCCUCUAUGUGCUGCUGAUGCUGAUUAUGGGGAUCCCCUUGUUCUUCUUGGAGCUGGCCGCCGGGCAGGCCAUCCGACAGGGCAGCAUCGGGGUGUGGAAGUUCAUCUCCCCGAGGCUGGCGGGAAUCGGAUACUCCAGCUGUGUGGUGUGCUUCUUCGUGGCUCUCUACUACAAUGUGAUCCUUGCAUGGAGCCUUUUCUACCUCGGGAACUCCUUCCAGUACCCUUUGCCUUGGGAACACUGUCCAGUAGAGGGGAAUGUGACGGUACAAGAAUGUGAAAAGAGCUCCCCCACAUCGUACUUCUGGUACCGCAAAGCUCUGGAUAUCACCGACACCAUCGAUGAGACGGGCUCUUUCAACCCGUACAUCGUCGGCUGUCUGCUGGCCGCCUGGACCGUCGUGUGCCUGGGAAUGUUCAAGGGCAUCAAGACCUCUGUCAAGGUGAUGUAUUUCUCCUCCAUCUUCCCCUACGUGGUGCUGUUCUGCUUCCUGGUUCGAGGCCUCAUGCUCGACGGGGCUCUAGAGGGAAUCAGCUUUAUGUUCUACCCAAAGCUGGAGAUCUGGGCAGACGUGCAGGUGUGGCGUCAGGCAGCCACUCAGGUUUUCUUCGCUUUGGGUCUCGGUUUCGGGUCCAUCAUCGCCUACUCCUCCUAUAAUCCCAAGAACAACAACUGCCACCGUGAUGCCUUCACCGUCUCCACUAUCAACUUCCUCACGUCUGUGCUUGCCACUCUGGUGGUGUUCGCCGUGCUCGGUUUCCGCGCCAAAAACAAGGCCGUGGCAUGUGUGGUCAGUAAUAUUAAGGAUUUAUCGGAGCAGUUCCGCAGCGGACCUGUGGAUAUGAACUUGAUGCCAAGCUUCAACUAUUCUGAUCCCGGUGCUGUGGCUCUAGAGGACUACAGGGCCUGGUUCAAACUGCAUGGAAAUCAGUUCCCCGGCAAUCUAACAGACUGUGACAUGGAAAAAGAGAUGCAGCAGGGUGUGGAGGGAACAGGCCUGGCUUUCAUUGCCUUCACAGAGGCCAUUUCUCUCCUGCCUGGCAGCCCCUUCUGGUCAGCUCUCUUCUUCCUCAUGCUGCUCAACUUAGGACUCAGCACCAUGUUUGGCACCAUGGAGGGCAUCCUCGCCCCACUCACUGACCGCUUCAAAACUCUGGCCAACAACAAGACCAAAUUCACAAUUUUCAGCUGCAUCAUCGGCUUUAUAAUUGGCCUCCUCUUCACCCAGCGCUGUGGAAACUACUUUGUGAUGAUGUUCGAUGAUUACUCUGCCACUCUGCCCCUCAUCAUUGUCGUGGUUUUUGAGACCUUCAGUGUGUCUUGGUUAUAUGGAGCUGAUAGGUUCCUCGAUGAUAUUGAGGGGAUGCUGGGCUGGCGUCCUCAUGUGAUUUACAAGUACCUGUGGAAAUACGUCUGCCUGCUCGCUAUGCUGGGGCUGCUGGCCGCCACUUCCAUCCGCAUGAUCAUCAAACGCCCCACUUACAUGGCAUGGAACGAAGAAAAGGGUUCUGAGGAGUACGUUGAUUACCCGGACUGGGCUCUGGCUGUUAUGACCUUGCUGAUCAUAUUCGCUAUGAUGCCUGUCCCGAUAGCCUUCAUCCACGCUGUUUUGAAGGACCUGACAAGACAAACAGCCAGAGGUACGGAGGCCGGUCAGUACAGCAUUGUUAGCACCGAUGACAAAUGUGAAACCCCAAUGACUGACAUGUCAGACCUGGACCGAAGAAACGGGACUGCUGCUUCCUAAACACUGGACGGGCCUUUACACAAUGGGAAAUGGAUAGCAGUGAGUGGACCAUCCUGAAGGACAGUUGCAUUACCUCAGCUUGUAGGUCAGCUGUGGAUCAGAACGCAGUUGCAAAGUGAGACAAAAUAUCCCUUAAUUUAAUAUUUAAAACCUUUUAAACCUAAAUUAAGUGCAAGUAUCAAGAGAAAAGACUUUUUAAAAAUACGGCUGCUCCAAAAAGUAAACAUUUUGGAGGGUUUUUUAUGAGAAAUGUGGAACAAAUAACUUACAGCUGUGUGAAAACACCAGGUAGGACCUCCCAAAAACUCCUUGUUACAGAGUUGUAAAAACAAAGUUCCUUAUUUUAUUCAGGAUAAGCCGUUGGCAGCAUGCCAUGUUCCUGCAUUCCUUAGUUUUUCAAAUGGCAAAGUUGAAAACAAAUGAACAUCAAACCACAGUUGCGUCCGGUGAACACUAUAUUUAAGGCUCUUCUGUAUUGGUUGUUUUUUAACCUUUUUAUACUGAACUGUUACAGCACAGUGAUUGUGUAUAUUUCUCUGAACGUGUCGUUGGGCAAAGAUUGUAAGUAGGUGGAGUUACAACAAAAAGGUUGAGCCUGAAGUAAAACCUGUAAAGGCAGCGUCCCUGUAUCUGAGUGUAGAGAUACAGGGACGCUGCACCUGUUGCUGUUUGUUUGAUGUUACGCCAGUGUAUUAUAAUCAGCGAGGCCACCAUGUUGUAUCCUUUUCAAAGCCAAGCAGCAAAAUGUUUAUAUGUUUUGUGAGGUGGUUACACCAGGAAAGGGUCAAUCCAGCUAAAAUGAAAUGAAAUACAGCGUAUGGAUCCAGCAUCAGGGCAAUUAGUAUUUGAGUAAUUCCUUUUUGUACAAAUGAUUGCUACUCAUCAAAUGAAUGUGAUCAUUGGCUGAAAUCUAGUCAAUUAAUGUCCAAAAAUGUUUAAUCUCUCGCUCUGCUGCACAGAUUUACUUGAAUAGCUUGUCCGUGCGUUGUUGCGUUGGUCAGCCUUGUGUAUCGACAACCUGUUACAGGACAGCUCGUUUAUGUGGCUUCCUUACAUUUCCUACAACUACACAACCUAAGGGCUGAUUUCCUCUCUGCUACCACCCCCAACGUAAGCUAAUCUGAGUGUGUCCACAUUGCUUGACCGCACACUGGUCACACGCUCAUAGCCCAGGGACCUAUUUGAUGUUGUCACUGAAGACUUUUUACGUGAAUGAGCUCGUUAGUAAAGCUUGAAACAACUUCAACAUAACUUUCCGUAUUGCUCUCAAACACUACCACAGAGAAGACUCUGCUACAUAUGGAGAACUUGAGUCUGUUAGUAUUUGCUUUGUAGGCAAAUAACAAGUACUGUGUCAUACAAGCUGAACAGAAGAACUGAAGGUCCAACAGCUUUGUUUCUGGGGGUUUUCCAUCAGACUUGUCCUCAGAUAAACCAUUAAAAUUGCCUCGACCCAGCCGAUGGAAAGACACCCGAUGAAACAUCAGCUUUAAAUUCCCUUGAGAAAUCUAACAAUAACGCACUGUGAUCGCAGUCAGUUGUUAUAUUUACAACAGGCCUUUCUGAUUUGGGCAGGUUUGUCAAACACAGUAUGGUACGAUGUCAACGUAACCCCAUUUGUAAUGUAAAUAUGUAUAGAGUACAUAAUGUAGAAACAGUUUCAGAACAAAUGUCUGGGAUUUUCUGUCGUUUGUUAUUUGUAAAUUAGAAAUGAGCAUGAUGCAUUUUAUUUUCUUACGCUCGGGUUUUGGAGGAAACUAGUUGCAUGUUUUAAAGAGUUUUGACGAAGCCACUGACCAGAUACAGUACUCCUUUACUUCUAGCGCUAAGUGCACUAUUUUAUCUAAUUAUGAAUGUGUUUUUUAAAUUUGAAUCUAUAUUGUUUAGACCGGCUUUGUCAUCAUUGUCUUUUAGAAGCCAUUUUUCAGAGUUUAAAGUAGUUUGUUUUACAUUUUUAUUGACUUUCUAUCAGAAUGAAUUGACCUUGUGCUGUGUAUUUAUAAGCCUUCAGACUAAAUUAGGAUGACCGGAUCAAAUGUUUAAGGUAUUGAAUCAAGUGUAUGGUGUUAAAAACACACUUCCUUUGGCAGAUUCUCUUUGUAAUUGUGUCUGUGUUUUUAAUCUGAGAAAAUGUAAUAUUUUUUUUUUGCCAUUUUAUUAAAAACGUUCACAACAGUA